AUGGAGAAACCAGACCAGGAUGACAUUUGCCUGAAUGUUCUUCUGCUGGGAAGGACUCAGAGUGGGAAAAGUGCAACAGGAAACAUUGUCCUGGGAAGCUAUGAGUUUGUGAGCCAACUCUCUGCGGGACCUGUGACUCGGGACUGUCAGCUUUGCCAGAGAAACUUUCCCAAGUUCAUUCGUCGAAAUGGCAGAGAGGUUGCACUACGUGUGAAGGUGCUGGACACUCCAGCAUACCCUCAUUGCGAGCUCAGCCCAGUGGAGGUCAAGGAGGCUAUUCAACGAGCCUUAAAACAAGACUUUGGAGAGGGACUGCAUGUGGUUCUGCUUGUGAUGAGGGCAGAUGUCCCGUUUUGUGAAGAGGACAGUCAAUGUAUACAACUAGCAGAGGAGCUUCUUGAUCCAGAUUGGAGGAGAUACACCCAGAUUAUCCUCACCCACAAGGACAGCCUUGAAGAAGCUAGAUUUAAAAAGGAACAUUAUAUAAACAAGGCCUCUGGAGCCUUCAAAUCACUUCUGGAGUCAGUGGAGCACAGGUAUCACUUUGUGGACAACACUGCAGACUGGCUCCAAAAAGAAGGCAGACCACUUCUGGAAAAACUAAUCUACCUUUCAGGGCAAAAUAAAUACAAAGGAUUUACAGUGAAAUAAAUCUUAGGUCGGACACCUCUCUUUAACCAUAGUCCAAAAACAAGAAAGUGGCUUUGACACCAUUAUGAUGAGGGUGGUGUCAAAUUGAAUUGUGCAUUUUGUUUGUAAAUGUGUCCUUUCUAGAAUCUUGCAUUUAUUGGUAUGCAAGUCCCCAUUUUACUACUGUCCCUUUUCCUAUUAUCCCGAUAUGUAAAAUCUACAUUAAAAAAUAAGUACCGUAUAUGUUUAACACACUCCACUUGAAACAACCCCAGGUGUAUGCCAAUACAGUAUAUCAUCAGUAUCACUGGACCAAGUCUCUUUCUGGUACUAGUACUACAUAAUACUUCAAUAGUUUAGGUUACAGCAAAGCACUGGUAUUUUCUAAUAACUGCACAAUGCAGUUGGUGAUGUAAACUGUGGUUGUAUGAAGUUAUUCAUCACAGCAUGUGUCUAUUGGAAAUAAUCUGAAGUGGGUUUGGACCAAUACUCAUUGCUAAUUUAAAUACUGGAUUUAAAAGAUGUAUGUUUUGCAAGCACAUUCUAUAGAUGUAAAAAAGAUACACAAACUGCUGUAUGUGAAUAAUUUAGGACCACUUUCUGGAGAUGUUUUUAUUACUUUGUUUUUUAAAUUAAAUUGCUUCUUCAGUUGAUUGAGCACCAUUCAAGAACUCAGAUCCACGGUUCCAGUUUCUCUGCAGUCAUACCUAUUUAUAUUGACCCCAGUUAAAACUAUUGGAUAUGAAUAUCAGCAAAAGCAGAAAAAAAAAAGACAGGUACAUUAAAAUAAGACUCAGAUCAGUGCCAAAAAAAAAAAAAAAGAGCCAGUGAAUUCUUAACUAAAUGGGUGUAAAAAAGAAAAAAGCGCAUAGCACUUCUGUUACACUUCUAAGGUGAAAACAUGACUUUGCUAUUAACAUUAAAUAUCACAAGUUAUUGGAAGACUUAUAUUCUAUACUUUGCAUUUGAUCUUGCCUUUGAUUUUAAAGCCUGCCCCCACGUAUGUCAAAUUAAUUUAGCACACUUAAAUUUUUGCAUAUAUCUGGAAAACCGUUUCAUAAAUUGUGAUGAAACUUGGUAUAACAUCAUUUAGCAUAAGUUAUUGGGGGAUAUCAAAUUGUGGGGAUCUACGGAGUUGUCUCUGUCUGUAACACUUGCAAUUAUACAUGUUCAGUACUGGAUCUUGUUUGCACUGACACAAUUAUUACUGUCCCCUUUUCCUGUCUUAUUAUCUCAAUAGUAGCUCUUUAAUUCCCAUCUUUUCUAAAGUUCCAUUACAUCUUGUACAUUUAAAAAAAGACAUGCAGUGUACUUACACCAAGUAUGUGUACAUUAUAUGAAGUAGGUAUACAUUAACCAGUUAUAUUAUCACAUUGUUUACCAGGUACUGUGUUUUGAUUGAGCAAUUAGAAAAUAUAAAUGUAAAAACAACAACUAAAAAUUGCAAGCAACCUUAUGGCUUCCAAUGAGUUAUUGUGAAAUUUAACCAAUCAACAUGCUUUUCAUUCAUUCGUUUCCAUUCGGUCAGUUGUAGACAUCAGCGCCCAUAUGGGUUCCUAUCUGUGUUCCAUAGUAACCAUGACCCUAUCUACACUCUGUAAUGAGUUAUACGAUAGUUUUACAUUUGACCUUAAAGAGAGGUCAAGGUCAAUAUCAAGGUAUAUAUUUUUUUAGAGCAUACAUUAAUUCCCAUAGGCCUCCACUACUCUGAAGUUUCAAGAGUUUUUGUUCAACAGCAUUCAUUUUAAGCGCAAUACAUGCAACUAGAGCAAUGCUGAAAUUUGAUUGGUCCAUGGCAGCCAUUUUUUUUUUUUACUGUAGAAACUUCACACGGGCAAACUUUAAAAGAAAGCCAUACUUGGAUCAUGUAUGCUAAGUUUUGCUUCGAUCAGAUUAGCGGUUUUGGAGAAACGGCAAUUGUGUGUUAAUUAGGUUAUCUAACAAGACCGCCAUACCACUGAACCAAUCAGCUUCAUUUCGAGCAACGUGCAGUUUCAGAGCUCUGCGAUAAGUGGUUUCCGACAAGAUGUUUGUAAAUUGUCCCCAUUGGUGUCUACAACUCUGAAAUUUGAAAGGUUUCGUGCAAUGGUUUUCAUUUUAUGCAACUUUAAAGGUUCUGUUGGCAGAAAGGAAAAUAAUCAUCAUCAUCAUCAUCAUCUUAACAACAAUAGGCUUCCCAGCCAUGACCUUG